AUGGAAACCAACUCUUCAACGAAUAGUAGUUAUUCUUCAAUAUGCGAUCCUAGAUUGUUUAAAUUGGGAGAUUUGAGUAGAGAGGGAUAUAACGCAACUGUGGUGAACAAUAUUUGUCCAGAUAGUAUUUUCACACCAAUAUUUUCUGGUAUUUUCAUAUUUGUCUAUCUCCUAUUUGUUGGUUUUGGGAUUAUUGGUGUUAUUUGGAAGAGAAAUUCAAGCUAUGUGAAGGCAAGAAAUCCCCUUUACUUGAUUCUAACGAUCAUUGCAAGUUUAUUCUUUGUAAUGACCACAUGUUUGAGAUACGCUAUUGGAAGAAAGCUCAUGCCAUGUUUUUUGUAUACCAUCUCUUUUUUUGUAAUUGCACCUGCAAUUUGCCUACCGACAGUGUUUAGGUGCAUUAGAAUUUAUUUUAUGUACAAGCUCAAUUUGGAAAAGUCUAAGGUCUUUGACCAAAAAGCAAACUCUUCAACAAGAGACAAGUCUAAAAAAUCGAGUAAGAUUAAUGACCCCAAACACAAAUUCUCAUCUACAUCAACAAUACCAACUGUUGGCUCCUCUCUCUCUUUGGUGGAUAAGAAAGCAGUUUCAUUUGAUGAAAAAAGCUCAGGAACUACGGACGAACAAAAUACAACAGCUAUCAACUUGGAAUUGACACCUCCUGAAGACUCUUCAAUUAUAGCUGAAAUUAAGGACAUGAGAAGAGAUGAUUCUGAAAACGAUUCUCAAACUUGGAUUACCUCGGCUGAGGACGAUUUCACAGACUCAAUUCUAGAUGAAAGAAAAUUCAAAAUAUUUUCCUUUCUAGUGAGCUACAAGUUUAUUGGAAUAGUUUAUAUUAUUGCGUUUUUCAUUCAUCUUGCUAUUUGGGCAAUACUUGGAGGAGCAGAUGAAGCAUCAUUUUCUUCAAGUGGAAAGAGAAUGUUCAUUUGGAAUGUAAGCAUGUUUGCUUUUGAUUCAGGAUGCGUCACUACGAGUAAUACUAUUUUCAUACUUGCUGGAGAGGCUGCUUUUUACAUUAUUAUUGAAAUUGCAUUUGCUAUUUUGCUAUUUUUUGCUGAUAGAGAUACUUGGUUGAUUAAGAGAGAAACAAUCCUUCUAAUUAUCAUUCAAAUCAUCCAAGCCAUAGCUUAUCUAGUGAGUGGACAAAUUGAAAUUGUGAGAUUCUUAACUGACUACUUCAUUCCGUUCGGUUUUACUUUAUUGAUUUAUUCUUUAAUUGAAAUAUUCAUAUCAGUAGAUAUGGCUGUUCUAUACUCAAUUUACCACGAUUGGCAACAUCAACACUCAUACGCAGAAACAGAAAUUGAAAUGCUGCUCAAGAAUAGAAAGACGUUCGUUAUUAUACUUGAUUUUGCAAGAAGAAGUUAUUGCACUGAGGACAUUCUUGCAUUCAGAGAUAUUGAAAAAUUCAAAAUAAUGCCAAAACGUCACAAAACGAAGGUUGCCUCUAGAAUACUAAAUACCUAUCUCAAAACAGGAAGCUCACUCGAAUUGAACAUCUCUAACAUUAGACAACGUUAUGAAUCUAUUGAACUUGUAUUGAAUCAAUCUAACGAUCCUUCCCUUAUUCCCAACACUCUCUUUGAUGAAAUUAAAUUCCAAUGCAUGCAAAAUAUGAUUGAUGUAGUGGAACGUUUGAAAAUUAGUAACAAGUCUAUUCAAGAAACCAUCAGCAACUGGAAAAGAACAAUGCAAGAACAGGAGGAACAGUGA